AUGGCGGAGUCUAUCUCGACUCGAGUCGGCCACGCUAUCGCAAAAGUCCUACAUAUUGAUUUGGGACCAACUCCACCUCUCGUUGAGAGAGAUGAGACCGCCGUUUACUCUUAUCUUGAGCAUGAACCCACUGUUGGGGACUGGUUCCGUGGUCACACGCCUACCGCUCCGCAGGUCCGUCGCUACAUCUGGAACAUCUUCCCGUUCCUCCACUGGAUUGGGUAUUACAACACGCAAUGGUUGAUUGGGGACUUGGUGGCAGGCAUCACCGUUGGUGCUGUGGUCAUUCCCCAGGGUAUGGCAUAUGCGGAACUUGCAAAGCUGCCUCCGGAGUAUGGUCUAUAUUCCUCCUUCAUCGGGGUUUUGAUUUAUUGGUUCUUUGCGACUUCCAAGGAUAUCACUAUUGGGCCUGUGGCGGUCAUGUCAACACUCAUGGGCUCAAUCAUCAUUAGGGUUCAAGCCGUGCACCCUGAGAUACCAGGACCGACUAUCGCCUCGGCUUUGGCAAUAAUCUGCGGCGCAAUUGUGUUGUUCCUCGGAUUACUUCGUCUCGGUUUUAUCGUUGAUUUCAUUCCCCUUCCUGCCAUCACCGCAUUUAUGACCGGAUCGGCUAUCAAUGUCUGUGCUGGUCAGGUGAAGACGGUUCUUGGAGAAAAGGCAAAAUUCUCUACUCGCGGGGCUACGUACGAAAUCAUCAUUGAUACAUUGAAGCAUCUCCCUUCUUCUCGUAUGGACGCCUCGAUGGGCCUGACUGCUUUGGCGAUGUUAUAUGGCAUUCGGUCUGCAUGCAACUACGGGGUGAGGAAAAAGCCGCAUAAGGCAAAGCUUUUCUUCUUCUUAUCGACUCUGCGGACUGCCUUCGUGGUGUUGUUCUACACGAUGAUUAGUGCAGCGGUGAAUCUCCACCGACGAGAGCAUCCAGCGUUCAAGUUACUCGGUAAUGUCCCACGGGGUUUCAAAGCCGCUGGAGUCCCAAAGAUCGAUAUGGUAAUCGUCAAGGCAUUCGUCGGUGAGCUUCCCGCCGCAUGCAUCGUUCUAUUGAUCGAACACAUUGCAAUCUCAAAGUCAUUCGGUCGUGUCAACAAUUACACAAUCGAUCCAUCACAGGAAUUCAUCGCAAUCGGCAUCUCGAACUUGAUCGGUCCGUUCUUAGGUGCUUAUCCAGCUACGGGAUCAUUCUCACGAACUGCUAUCAAAGCAAAGUGUGGGGUGCGCACCCCUCUUGCGGGUGUUAUAACGGCAGUCGUCGUUCUUCUUGCUAUCUAUGCCCUGCCAGCAUUGUUCUUUUACAUUCCCAGAUCCUCCCUAUCGGCUGUGAUCAUUCACGCAGUGGGCGAUCUCAUCACACCACCUAGCACCACCUACCAAUUCUGGCGUGUGGCACCACUUGAUGCAGUUAUAUUCCUAGUAGGAGUCAUCGUGAUCAUCUUCUCCACCAUUGAGACAGGAAUUUACUGCACAAUCUGCAUCUCGCUUGCAGUAACUCUCUUCCGUCUCGCCAAAGCCAAAGGCCAGUUCCUCGGCUACGUCCAGGUCCACUCGGUUGUCGGCGACAAUAUCCUCGGUGAAAAGGGAGAUAUAACGCCAAAUGUCGAAAAGCACCCCGCCUCAUUGAGAAGAAUUUACCUUCCCAAUGACUAUCAAGGCGGCAUAAACCCCCGAAUCAGGAUCAACCAGCCAGCCCCAGGAAUCUUCAUAUACAGAGUCUCCGACGGCUUCAACUACCCAAAUGCAAACCACUACACAGACCAUCUAGUGAGCCACGUCCUCGCUUCAACUCGACGCACAAACCCACAAGCAUGGGAAACGCCCGGUGACAGACCGUGGAACGACCCAGGCCCGACACGCGCAGAGCGCAGGAUCCUACUGGCAGAAGGCGCCCCGGUCUCGCCCCUCCCAACCCUCAAAGCCAUAAUUCUAGACUUUGCCUCUGUCAACAACGUCGACGUCACCUCCGUGCAGAACCUCAUCGAUGUUCGCAAUCAGCUCAACCGCUGGGCCUCGCCGGAUUCCGUCCAAUGGCACUUCGCGCAUGUCCACAACAACUGGACGAAGCGGGCACUUGCAGCCGCUGGUUUCGGUUGGCCUGCGCCGUCGGACGGGUCUGCUCCCAGAUGGCAAAAGGCUAUCUUUGACGUUGCGGAGAUCGUGGAGGAUAGUCUGCCUGCUUCGUCGGCUCAGUCUCAGGUUGGGGGGGAGUGUAAGGAUCUUGAAGUUGGCAUGAAGGCGCAGGAUAAUAGUGCUUCUUCUUCCAUUAUAAGUGGCUCUGAGGAUGAUAUUCAGGUUGUGCGGACUGGACGGGGUGAAAUGGUUGAUACGCAUCGUCGACGGGGUCGGUCUGGGGUUGGGACUGGCUUUGCUGUUGUGGAUGGUAUUAAUCGGCCUUACUUCCAUGUUGAUCUGACUAGCGCUCUUAAGAGUGCUAUGGAGGAUUCUUAG